AUGGAUGUGAUGGUUAGGAGGCAGAGUUCUGAUGGUGGAGAAGUAGGGGGACCUGGGGCUUUCCUCGACCCUCAACACAGCUGUACUGAGACUGUGGGACUUACACCAGUGGUCCUCAGUUCUCAGGGCUUCAGCCUCACCCUGAAUUGUACCACCAGCUUUCCUGACUUUCCAGGUUGCCGACAGCAGACUGUGGAACAUCUUGGCCUCCAUAACCUCAUGAGCCAAUUCCUACAGCUCAAGGAUAAGGAUGAAGGGGGAGGGGAAGAGAAGCUCAUAGCUAUUAGUAACUCCCUUACCCAGUGUGGCAACCAUGUGGGCGAGUGGGUCACUUGUCUUCAUAAAAAGAACAUGGCUGGCGGACCCACUUGUGUUGAUACACAGGUGGUGAGGUUGAGGAAUAAUUUCACCCUUGGGAAUUAUUCUCAGUGGUGCUCUGUGCAUUCUCUGAGGGCCAAGCAAAGGAGUGGACAGCUGUGUGGCCUGGGAGAUGAGAGGGGCAUGGCACGAAAGCUACUGGAAUGCAGUCUCAGUGACAAGCUGUGUGUUGUCCGGGAGCAGCAGUAUGAGAUCAUCAUCAUCCCAACCAUUCUGGUUGGCACCUUCCUUAUCCUUCUUGCAGUCAUCCUGUGGCUUUUUAUCAGAGGACAAAGAGCUCAACAACAGUCUCCUGGACUCCAAGGCAUUGCCCCUGUGCCUCCAUCUAGGGGCCUAAGCUGGGAGGUGGCAGGACAUGGAGGAAGUGUGUUUGUGCCACUUAAGGAGACAUCGGUGGAAAGCCUCCUACGAACUACCACUCAUGCUCUGGCUAAGCUGCAGGUGCCCCGGGAGCAACUCUCUGAAGUUCUGGAGCAGAUCCACAGUGGUAGUUGUGGGGCCAUCUAUCGAACCAAGAUGUACACUGGGGACCCUGCUAAGCCAAAGAGUGUUGUCCUCAAGGCUUUGAAAGAACCGGCUGGUCUCCAUGAGGUGCAGGAUUUCUUAGGGCGAAUCCAAUUCUAUCAGCACCUGGGGAAGCAUGAGAACCUGGUGCAGCUGCAAGGCUGCUGCACAGAGGAUCUGCCGCUCUAUAUGCUGCUGGAGGAUGUGGCCCAAGGGGACCUGCUCAGCUUUCUCUGGACCUGUCGGCGGGAUGUGAUGACCAUGGAUGGCCUUCUCUAUGAUCUCACAGAAAAACAAGUAUAUCACAUCGGGAGGCAGGUCCUCCGGGCUUUGGAAUUUCUCCAGGAUAAGCAUCUGUUCCAUGGAGAUGUGGCAGCUAGGAAUAUCCUGAUCCAAAGUGAUCUUACUGCUAAGCUCUGUGGACUGGGCCUGGCUUACGAAGUCCAUGCCCGAGGGGCCAUCCCGGCUACUCACACCGUACCUCUCAAGUGGCUCGCCCCAGAACGGCUUCUGCUGAGACCAGCUGGCAUCAAAGGAGACGUCUGGUCCUUUGGGAUCCUGCUUUAUGAGAUGGUGACUCUAGGGGCACCACCAUAUCCUGAAGUCCCUCCUACUGGCAUCCUACAACAUCUCCAAAGAAGGAAAAUAAUGAAGAGACCCACUAGCUGCACACAUACCAUGUAUGGUCUUAUGAAGUCCUGCUGGCGCUGGAGUGAGGAGAGCCGCCCCUCACUUAAAGAGCUACACUCACGCCUAGAAAUCGCCGCUCGAACUGCAAAUGACAAAGCUGUGUUGCAAGUACCCGAGUUGGUGGUGCCUGAACUGUAUGCAGCCGUGGCAGGUAUCAGCAUGGACAGCCUCUCCUACAACUACAGUGUCCUCUGAAGAUCCUGGGGGAAAGAAACAUUUAUG